AUGGCUUCUCUGGGCCUGCAGCUGAGCAUCGUCUGCCUGGUGGCUCACUGCGUUUCUGGUAGUCCCAUCAUGGGCCUUGAGCCUCUGGAAGAAGAUAUGCCCUUCUUUGAUGAUGUCUUUUCAGAGCAAAAUGGAAUCGACUUUGACACACUGCUGCAGAGUAUGAAAGAUGAGUUUCUCAAGACCUUGAACCUGUCUGACAUCCCCAUGCAGGACUCAGCCAGGGUGGACCCGCCGGAGUACAUGUUGGAACUCUACAACAAAUUCGCCCGGGACCGGACCUCCAUGCCUUCUGCCAACAUCAUCAGGAGUUUCAAGAAUGAAGAUAUGUUUUCUCAACCAAUAAGUUUCAAAGGGAUCCGGAAAUACCCUCUCCUCUUCAAUGUGUCUGUCCCUCACCACGAAGAGAUCAUCAUGGCCGAACUCAGGUUGUACACACUUGUGCAGAGAGAUCGCAUGAUGUACAAUGGUGUGGACCGGAUCAUUACCAUUUUUGAAGUUCUUGAGAGCAAAGAUAUCAAUGAAAGCGAAAUGAACAUGCUGGUCUUAACAUCAGGGGAAAUCUAUGGAAUUAACAGUGAAUGGGAGACAUUCAAUGUUACUGAUGCUGUCAGACGUUGGCAAAAGACAGGCUCAUCCACCCAUCAGCUAGAGGUCCACAUUGAGAGCAGACAAGUCCAAGCUGACAAGACUGGAAGGGGACAAGUGGAAAUAGACAUGAGUGCCCAGAAUAAGCACGACCCUCUGCUGGUUGUGUUUUCUAAUGACCAAAGUAGUGACAAGGAGCAGAAAGAGGAACUGAAUGAGAUGAUCACCCACGAGCAGUUUCUGGAGCCAGACAACCUGGGUAUGAAUGAUUUUCCCAGUGGACCUGGGGAGGAGGCUUUGUUGCAGAUGAGGUCGAACAUCAUCUAUGACUCCACUGCUCGCAUCAGACGGAAUGCCAAGGGAAACUACUGCAAGAGGACCUCACUCUACAUUGACUUCAAGGAGAUUGGCUGGGACUCCUGGAUCAUUGCUCCUCCUGGAUAUGAAGCCUACGAAUGCCGCGGUGUCUGUAACUACCCCUUGGCAGAGCACCUCACACCCACAAAGCAUGCAAUUAUUCAGUCCUUGGUUCACCUCAAGAAUUCUCAGAAAGCUUCCAAAGCCUGCUGUGUGCCCACGAAGCUGGAGCCCAUCUCCAUCCUCUAUUUAGAUAAAGGUGUUGUCACCUAUAAGUUUAGGUAUGAAGGCAUGGCUGUUUCUGAAUGUGGCUGUAGAUAG